AGUUCAUAAAGUUCAGAAAGUCCCGUCACAGCAGCAGAACGUCUCGACUCUACUGUUCCUCCGCUCCAGGACUGACUCACGCGACACUUUCGCCUCAAUACUCUUCUGAAGUUCUGUUUUAAACUCGAUUCUGUCUUCCAGGAUCUCAAACACUUAUCCUGCAAACAGCGAGCUCACCCUUUGACUCUUCCGCACUCUUCUGCUCUGCUAAAACAUCUUGAGCUCAUGGCGAUGCACAAGCGGAUCCUGCGAGCUCUCGGGAACAUCCCGACGCGGCGGAACCUCUUCGGGCCGGUGGAUCGCGAGCAGCUUCAGCUGGAGUACCGCGACGCUCUGAGGAAGGACCUGGAGGAAGCAUCCCGCCGCUGGAGCUUCGACUUCGUCUCGGAGACACCUCUGGAGGGCGGAGACUUCCAGUGGGAGUGGGUGUCCGGGGAAAAGGUGCCCGUCUUGUACCGCGCCUGUCAGGAGGGCAAGCAUCCGCGGCUGCGCGUGGGUAAAGAGAACAUCCCCAGAACCCCAGAGAGAUUCAGCGCUGUCCCGCAGGACGUGGAGAAAACGCCAGAAAAGAGUACAGAGCUGAAGAGGAAACAGACGAAUAUCACCGAUUUCUACCAGGCGAAGAAGAGAGCGGUGGACACACCCCGCAAAUCAGGACAAUAACACACACACACACACACACACACACACACACACACAGACU